AUGCAUAGUCCUGAGAGAUUCUCAACCGCCACUCAGGUGAGACGGCUCCGGUGGGAGCCACGAUCGGUUUGCUGGCGGAGACUGAGGCUGAGAUCGAUCGAAGAACCUCAGAGCAAAGCCGCCUCGAAAUCUUCCUCUGCCUCUCCCGUUGUUGUUCCGUCUCCUCCUCCUCCGACUGCUUCGUCUCCUGCGCCGGCGAUCGCUCAGCAUGCUCCGGUGGCGACGGUGUCUGACGGUCCGAGGAAGACUGUAGCGACGCCGUAUGCUAAGAAGCUUGCAAAGCAGCAUAAAGUGGAUAUCAGAUCCGUUGCGGAAACUGGACCAUUCAGUAGGAUCACUGCUUCUGACGUGGAGGCUGCGGCUGGGAUCGCUCCCUCCGUGGCGGCACCACCGCCUCCUGUGGUGAACGCAAGCUGCAAAGCACAAAGAUGGUCCACGACUGCUACUGGUCACCAACAAGGCAACAACACUUUGGUAACAAAUAAGAUGUAUUCUCUCCAGCCUAUUCAUGUCAUGGCAGGGCAAGAAAUCAGUGGUAAACUCCAUUUGGUUGUCCAUAGGAAAAGUGUGGGGCCCAGCGCCGAUAAGGGUGGAAUCCUUCACACAUCAUCGUGCAAAUUCAACUUGAAGGAACCCUAUUAUAGAAUGUCUCAGCCCUCUUGCACAAGAACCACCAGCACAACCGUAAAGGUUAAGUUAGCGUCUACGCUCGAUCACAUUGGUAAUGUGGCUCAGCUUUCUCCUCUUAUUGGCUUUGUACACAAGCAUGUUGUGAUUGUUGAUACUGAGCCCGAGCUAGAGAAAUCGGAAUUUUUGGCAGAACAUGAACAAGAAGCUAUCAGGCAGAGGAAAAUGCAAGAGCUGAUGGCUCAACAUGGCACUGGGAAGCAUGCAAUCAUCAGAAAUCCAGAUCAAUAG